AUGGCAGACGGGUCUCACGAGAAUGAUGUAGCAACAACUGUUGCGCAGCCGUUAGACUCAAUUGCGUCCUCCGCUCUCCUGCAGACCUUGUCCGACACCUCAACCGAAACAUGCGUGAUCUGUCUGGAUCAUAUAACGCAAAAAGCCAUCGCCCGCCCAUGUCGACACGAUCAAUUUGACUUUCAUUGUCUAGGGACAUGGCUCCAGCGUCAACAAGUCUGUCCGUUGUGUAAAGGGCACGUGGAUUCCGUCAGGUUUGGUAUAAAUGAGGAGAAUAAACAAGGGAGUCAAAUCUUUUAUCUCCCCGAGCCUGAGUUACCGCCUCCCGGGCGACAGUCUGUGGCAUCACCUUCUGCAAGUUUCGAUCGGAGGGCGAGAUUUGCAACUCUCCACUCAAGAAAUACGCGCCGGCAUCGUUCAACACGGGCACGGAAUGAUGGACCGAACGACACAGGUACGCUCGAUUUUCGGAAACAAGUCUACCAGCGAAGACUGUACUCGUUGCACGUCGGAACAAACCGUCUUUCUCGCUACCGAAACCUUACACCGGACUCAUUCGCGAAGGACCAACCAUGGCAAUCUCGAGCACGUAUGUGGAUACGUCGUGAACUUGGGGUAUUCGACUUUCUGAACUCGGCCUCAACCGUCGAUUCUCCUGGUAAUAGUGGCAGCUCCAGCACCGCAGACCGACGAGCAGGCAAUGCCGGCUUCUUACUCGAAUAUAUAAUUGCCAUCUUGAAAUCGAUCGAUUUGAAAGGGAGUUCUGGACAAGCUGAGGAAUUGUUGAAGGAUUUCCUGGGGAGAGAAAAUGCACGACUAUUCCUACAUGAAUUAGAAUCAUGGCUACGCAGCCCUUAUGAGCACCUCAGAGAUUGGGACCGGGCCGUCCAAUACUCAAUCCCAGCUGAAUCGGGGCAGGAAGGAGGUGAGGCCAUGUCGAGAUCUUCAUCGGUGUCAGUUCCUCCUCGACAACGACCACGAGACCAUUCUGCGGCCACCGUGCCUGAAUGGUUUUCCGAUAGGUUCGUGCUGCAGCGAGAGAAUCACCGGGACCGCCCAAGUUGA